AUGAAGGCUUAUCUUACGUUGCUUCUUUCUCUAUCUGGGGCUGCUAUGGCGCAGACUCAUGGCGAAGAUGCCGCCAGAGAAAUGGGCCCUGCGGCGUUCCUCUGGCCGCCAGACCGUACGUGGGGUGCUGCAUAUGAUAACAACGCCCCAUGUGGCUCAGUCUCCGGCGUCUCUAACAGAACACAAUUCCCUCUUGUGAACGGCCAACUUGCGCUUGUCGUCCAAGACGAGUCGUGGAACGUCCAGAUCGCCAUCUCUGACAAGAACAACCCAACGAGCAACGAUGACUUCGAGACCAUCGUGUCGUCAGCCCGUAUCAGCGACAUAGACCCGGGACACAUGUGCUAUCCCGUCCCCAACCCCGGCAUCGACACAGAAGAGGGAAUGAACGCUACAUUCCAAAUCAAAUACACCUCUGACUUCGACACUGACAAGAAUGAAACAUACUACGCCUGCGCAGAUGUUACGUACGUCCCUGCGAGCAAAUUCACCUACCAGGUCCCCUGCUUCAAUGUCACAAUCGAUGAGUUUACCCCGACAAAUGGCACCGAGUCCAAUUCUACAUCGUCGGACAACGACACGAACAAUUCCAGUGCUUCCUCAGACUCGAGCACUGAAGGGAACAGUAGCAGCAGCUCCUCUGGCGGUUCCUCCGGUUUGUCUGGAGGCGCUAUUGCGGGUAUUGUUGUUGGCUGCGUCGCUGCCGCUGUGAUUGCCGCCGUUCUCCUGUUUGGAUACAGGAGGUUGCUCCAGAAAUAUCGUGAGCUCCGUCAGAAGACAUCUCCCAGGAAUGUUCAGUGGGAAGGCGCGGAGGCUGGGAAACCUGUCGCCGAUAACUCGUCGGGCUCUUCGUAUGGUUUGAGAAAACUUAAGUGA